UCCUUGUUGGCUACCUCUGUUUCUACGGCUUCAUGGGCCAGAUUAGACCUGGGGAGAGUUUCAUCACACCCUACCUGUUGGGAUCGGAGAAGAAUUUCACAAAGGAAGAGAGGAGAAAGGUUGAUCAGCGCUCAAGGUAGCUCAGUCCGGCCAAAGUUCAACGUCUCCUGCUGCUCUGCUGCCAUGGCUAAAACACAUCAAAUUCCAGUCUAAAGCAACUGUAAGAAGCUUAAUCCAACUCCUUGGCAAGAAUAUGUGUGGAUUUCAACCAGAGCGGAGAUCUCAGAGUGACUCUUGGAAAAACUAAAGGGGUGGUGGUUCUAAGUCACCAAAACAUUGUGAAAAAUUCCAGUCUGAAAUAUCAAAUAUUACCAGCCAGCUAACAGUGAUCUGCUUUGGUAUAAAGCAGCUUUCAGUUUUCCUAUGCCCGUGAUGGUGAACCUAUGGCAUGCGUGCCAUAGGUGGCAUGCGUAGCCAUAUCAGUGGGCACGCGAGCUCAGCUUCGGUGGGACCGGAAGUUGUCAAACUGCCCAUUUUCAGCCUCCGGAGGACCUCCAGGGGGGUGAGGAAGGCCGUUUUUGCCCUUCCCAGACUUCUAGAGAGGCCCUGGAGCCAGGUGACCAAUGAAAUUACACCUGUCCUGUCGUACUCUUACAUGGCAGUAUUGGUGCCCAUCUUCCUACUCACAGACUAUCUGCGGUACAAGCCAAUGUUGGUGCUGCAGAGUUUGAGCCACAUUGCUAUCUGGCUGCUGCUGAUCUUCGGUACCAGCAUCAUUGCCAUGCAGUUCAUGGAGUUCUUUUACGGUAUCACGAUGGCUACGCGGAUAGCCUACUCCUCCUACAUCUUCACCCUGGUCACUCCGUCGCGCUAUCAGCGCAUGGCCAGUUAUUCCCGGUCUUCAGUGCUGAUGGGUGUCUUCACCAGUUCCGUGGUGGGACAACUCUGUGUCACAGUUGGAGGCACCACGUUCAUGACAGUGAAUUAUAUCUCAUUGGGCUUCAUGUGCUUUGGGCUGGUCUUGACCAUCUUCCUGAAGCGUCCAAAACGCAGCCUCUUCUUCAACAGGAACAAGAGCUGGUGUAAUGGUACCUCGCCCUCAGAACUGGACAAAAUGAACCCUGGGGCAGGAGAGCCCAUGUGGUAUAAGGCCUCUUCCUGGAAAAAUCUGGUCUUAUUCCGGAUGGUAAAGGAAUUGGGGACUAUUGCACGAAUGCCCCAGCUGAGACUUUGGUCCCUUUGGUGGAUAUUCAAUUCUGCUGGCUACUAUCUGAUGCUCUAUUAUGUGCAUAUUUUAUGGAAUGAAAUAUAUCCCGCCAAGGACAACAAAAGGGUCUACAAUGGUGGAGUGGAAGCUGUAUCUACUCUGCUUGGUGCUAUCACUGCUUUUUCUGCUGGCUUUGUGAAGAUCCGAUGGGCCUUCUGGUCAAAACUGGUGAUUGGGGUUGUGACAGCAGUCCAGGCAGGCCUACUGUUGUUGAUGAACACAACUGCCAAUAUUUGGCUGUGCUAUAUGGCCUAUGUCCUCUUCAGGGGCUCCUACCAGUUUCUUGUGCCUAUAGCCAUCUUCCAGAUUGCAUCUUCGCUGUCCAAAGAACUCUGCGCUCUGGUGUUUGGUAUCAAUACUUUCCUUGCCACAGUUCUCAAAACCAUCAUCACUAUCAUCAUAACCGAUAAGAGAGGUUUGGCUUUCUCAGUCCAUCCCCAGUUCUACGUUUACUUUGGCUACUUCACUGUUCUGGCCACGCUGUAUCUUUUGUCAUUUGUGUACAUGAUGGCAAGGCACAGUGCUUGCAAGACACCCCAAGAAGAGACCACACCAGCCAAGGAACUCUGCAGCCCAGUUCAGGAGGAGAGCCCGGACAAGGAGGGAAGCCUGGAACUGGCUAGUUCCAAAGCCUGAGAAACACUACAGUCUGUGUACGUACAUGGAGAUGGAUUUUCUUGCAAGGUCUCAGGUGAGAUGAGACCAGUGCAGCUCUCAUGACAAUCAGCACUUAUCAAAGUCAAGGCAUCCCUAUUUUCACAAUAUUGGAUCUCUGCAGAAGCUCAGAAAAAAGCUUGCUUGGUUUCAAAUGCGACUUUGGUGCAGUUGACUUUUCUGGCAGCUACAGUUCUCCGUUUCUUGUACUGAAAUAUUUACCAAUAUUAUAAUUGGGCACUUAAUUUUGAGAUUGUAUGAAUUUGCUUUUAAACAUUUAUGUUCCUAGUUCCGUCAUGUAAAUUUGCCAAUCACUGGAGCAAGCGAGACUAAGGCACUUUUAAUGUUGAUACUGGUUAAUAUACUGUGAUGUGACUCAUAGUAACGGAAAACACAUUUCUGUUUUCCCCUUAUAGGAAAACAGACAUUUUUCCCAUUUGACCCCUGGUGAUUGUAAUCUGCCACACUCAGACAACAUAUUGCAAAGAAUGAAAUUACCACGCUUAAAAAAUGCCCUUAAAUUCAUGAAAAUACUGACAUAGGACCAAAGUGAACUAGACAAUCCAAUCUUCUUCAUUAGAAACCAAGAGCUUGCAUUUUGAUUAAUGCUUGUGUUCCUCUUUCACAAAACUCACGCAUUUCUUUUCAAGCCAUUUUUUUAUGGAGCUGACUCACAUGAUCCCUUCAGGAGCCCGCUGGAGAAGCACGAUUUGAAAGGAAAGUAGGUCAGAACAUAAGCAGGGAAAUUUCAAGCAGCAGCUUGUAUGUAUUUCUAAGCUUGUUGAAUGUGUCUGUAGUUCUAGUUUACAAUGCAUACUUUUUAUUUAAAAGAUGCAGCAAGUCUUAUGGCUUAGGAAUCAUAGCUUUCAGCUCUGGGUCCUCCCUGAAUGCUGGUAUCUGUGCUUCACAGAUACCCAGAAGCAUCUGUUUCCAGUUCUUAUGCUCCAGUCCAGGUUUAAGAUUUCAGUAAAGACCCACUAUAACGCAGUCAGGAGGAUACUUUCCUUUAUUCAGUGCCUUUAGAAAACAGUUUAUAAUACACAACACGCAAUUGACAAAGAUAUAAAGGUCCACAGGCUUUUAAAACUGCAUUAAAAUGUCACAAAAUACAGUAGACAGUAAGAAAACUGACUGUAUGACUUGCACGGAUUUUCUCCACCGCAGUAAUAACAUUUUAUUAGGACAAUAAAAACAAAGCUUAGGUAGGAAUUUAGCACCUUGGUUUUUAAAAACCAACUCAAAUGGAUGGAUAUGGAGCAAGCAUCAGCCUGGCUUGAGUUUUGGGCACCAAAAUGCAAGACCGGUGAUGUGGAUCAGACAUUCCAUAGCAGUUAAGUCUACACGCAGAGGAGAGAUGCCAAGCUGCUUUGCUGCGACUUGCCCUUACGAUGGCUUUUAAAAAUGGCUGCAGUCAAGGUCAGGAAUCCAGCCAUGCUUUUAUAGGGGAACGAAGCACUUAAAGACACAACCCCAGUCUGUGCUCCAGAGGUCUCCACCCCUUGAAAUAUCCAUGUGCUUUUAAUGCUUUGGAAUGUGUAGGCAUGGUUCUUGUCCCAGUGUUAGGAGCAGGGGAAGACACAAUUAAAGACUCUGAGGGGUGGGUCUCUUUUAACUUUGGUUUGAGAGGGGUGGCUAACAGCCUUUAACUGAUUCGAACCCCCAACCUCUACUAGCAGGGGGGGGGGAGGGGUUUGUCAGGAUUUGAGCUGACAUGCUGAAGGCAGCUCCAUGUGGGUGCAUUUGGCUUUCUUGUCUAAUCCACUGUUACCUGGCAACCACUUUUUAAAGCCAGAGACUACUCGCGUUAUGUGUUCCCUGGUUAUUUUGUAGCUGAGGAUUUGAAGGUGAAUGGGAUGGUUGCCCUGGAACAAACUCUCUCUCCAAGAGGUGGCUGCUAUCGACAGGGCCAGGGAACAAGAUUGGCAGGGCUCUGAUAACUAAUGAGAACUCUGGGGUUCCCAGAUUUUGCUGUAACUCACUUCGUGUGGCAAAUGCUGGGCAGAGGUAAAGAGUGGCAACUUCCCUGCAGGGCAGAGAAGAAAAAUAUUUUUAACAACAACAUCAAAAAUCCUCAAUAAAGGAACAAAUACAGAUUCUUUUUUGUGGCAACUUUGCUCCAAUUGUGCUUCCCUCCAGGCCUCUAAGGAAAACCCUACAUCUAAAUUACCUUUAAGGUGGUUCCUUUUAACACUUCUGUCUCUCUGAAGAACAAGAAAUGGGCAAUUGAAGGACAUGGGAAGAAUGGCGCCUAAUAAGGACUAUUGUACUUCGUCUCUUUCCUCUGACCCUGUUUUUGCAAAGGAUGUUGUAAACUCUGUAGCAGGAAUUGCAAAUAGCCUUUGAAGGGAGCAGUAUUGCUUCCUUCUGUGUCUGAAAUUUAAAAAGCAAAAGCAGCUGAGAAAGCUGGCAGGGCCAGCAGAGUUGCCAGGGCAACUUUUUGGGAAAAGGAAGUUUUUGAGGUAAUGCGGGGCAGAUGCAGGAAAGCCUGCCUGGGGCCUAUAAAACUCUUAAGUUUGGUCCUGAAUUUUUCAGCAAGAUCAUACGUUUCCUUUAGCUCCAUGCCCCUCAUAGAAGAGCAGAUGGUACCCUGCGUGCCAAGUUAUUGGGAUUUAACAGGGCUUCCAAAGGCAACAUCAUCAGCACUUUCCCUGUUUGGGGAACCCUUCUUGUACUAAGUCGAUGCAAAUAAAUAGAUCUUCUGACAUCCCA